AUGACGGAUACGCGAACCCUUUCAUCGUCAUCUUCCUCGACAACAAACCAUGUAAAUGGAACAAAUUCGACACCGUCACUACCUUCUGAUUUAAAUAAUGUCAAUGGUUUAACCACUUAUGUGAAUACGAUCUUCCAUCAAAUGGAAGAAAAAUUUCUAGCUGCAAGCGAUCAAGUUAUGAAUCGUAUGAACGAAUUAGGCCGCAAGAUUGAUACGUUAGAAACGAGUCUUGGUGAUAUUAUAUCUCAUUUACCAGCAGAAGAGUCAGCAACAUCAAACCCAUCGCCAAGCGCUAUCCCAGUACAACAACAAACCAAAUCAUGA